UGAGGUGUGGGUCAGCAAAGAAAUUAACGACAUUAAUACCGAGGAUAAAUUGUAUGAUUUAUGCAAAAAAUUCAUGAUUGAACGCUUUAAAGUUACCAAUCUUGAAAAAGAACAAUUGGAAAUUAUACAACCUGUCAAACAAACCAUCAUUACACGAAAGCAUAUCACUAUCCGUUAUAUUCAUACACUUAUUGGUCAUCAGGAUGAUGAUGGUUGUGUUGUUCUAAAUGAAAAGGUUGCUGAUUACUAUGGCUUCAAAAGUGUUGAAGAAUGUUUACAACACUUGAGAAAAUACUUUAAAACAGAGCGUGUCACUAAAUUUCAUCAUAACGUCUGGGUAACUGCGUGCACAAUUUGGUACCUACGUUUAAUUGCUGUUGAUCAUCGACAUGAAUGGAUCGCCAAUUAUGAGAAAUCAUCCAAAUGGUUAACAAGACAAUGCAAUGGAGAUACUAAUCUUGAGAAUGAAAUAAUGGAAUGUGCCAAGAAAUUCAUUAUAGAAAGAUAUGAAGUUGAUAAAGAAGCUAUUGAAGCUGAUGAUAGCUUCAUUGCAGCU